AGCCCGAUCGUAGUUUCUUUUUGAGAAAAGAGAGUAUUUGGAGAUAAUAAAUGUAAAAUUAAUUCAUUAUUUCAUACAUAAUUCUUAUUCAAUUACCACUUGAUUACCAUAGCAACGAUUUUUGUCAUCAUCGUUUCGUUUGAGACUAGUAUGUAUGUAUAUUAAGAAGACUUCUUUACAAAAAAUAUAAAGUAUAGUAAAUGUAUAUUAUAGAACAAUGAAAAUUGUGCACACAAAAUAUUUAAGUUUAUCACGGUGAUUUUUAAAAUGUGCAUCGAUUGCAUUGCGUGCAUACACUCAAUCAACUCAAUAUUAUUUCACUUUUAAAUUAUAGUCACGUACAAGCCGAUGAGUGAGUGUACAGAAUAUUUAGGCCAUAAAGAAAACAAUAAACUUUAUUAUGAACCGCUACGUAAUGCUACAGCAACUCGGUGAUGGAACUUAUGGAUCGGUGGCAUUAGCGCAACGCCGAGAUACUGGGGAAAAAGUAGCUAUCAAGCGAAUGAAACGCAAGUAUUAUUCCUGGGAUGAAGCGAUGAAUCUCCGUGAAGUCAAAUCACUAAAGAAACUCAAUCACGCAAACAUCGUAAAGUUACGCGAGGUAAUCAGAGAAAACGAUACGCUUUAUUUUGUAUUUGAAUAUAUGCGUGGUAAUUUGUACCAACUCAUACGUGAUGCAGAACGUCCGUUUGCCGAACCGGUAUUGCGAAACAUUUUGUACCAAGUUCUGCAAGGUCUCGCUCAUAUGCAUCGACAUGGCUUUUUUCAUCGUGACUUAAAACCAGAAAAUUUACUAUGUGCUGGCCCUGAACUCGUCAAAAUAGCUGACCUAGGCCUGGCAAGGGAAGUUCGGUCUCGACCGCCAUACACAGAUUAUGUGUCGACUCGAUGGUAUCGUGCGCCGGAAGUUCUAUUGCACGAUACUCAAUAUGGUGCGCCGAUAGAUCUAUGGGCUCUGGGAUGUAUUAUGGCUGAGCUUUACACGUGUCGACCCCUUUUUCCAGGCAAUUCCGAAAUAGAUCAGUUAUAUAAAAUUUGUUCUAUAUUGGGGACUCCAUCUCGUGAAGAGUGGCCCGAAGGUUAUGCUCUCGCUGAAGUUUUAAGGUUUAGAUUUCCCGCAAGCACCGGCGUACCACUCGGGCGGAUUAUACAGAAUGCUUCUCAAGCUGCCGUGUCUCUGCUGGCUGCCUUACUUCGUUACCAACCGCGAGACCGCCCCACCGCAGUGCAAGCUCUUCGAUUUCCUUAUUUUGCAGUCGGUACCGCAUUAGUUCUUCCACCACCACCAAUAUCACAUUCAAAAAGAAGCAGUACUCGUGGUGAAGCGGAAAAUAUUGUCCCUAACACUAACGAUAUUUGUAAUCCACCUGCCGUCGCAACGUUGCCGCCACAGGACCGUUUCGCAGACAUUUUAGGGGGUGAGGUUGUUCAUACGUCUCACAUUUCCCGGGCCGGCGUGAGCGAGAUGCGCGGGCGCAGCGUGCUCGCGCCCCUUCAAGCGGCCCCCGCGUCCAAGGCGGGCCAAGCGCGAGGGCGGGCGUGCGGCGCGCUCGCGGGGGGCGCCGCAGCUACCUAUCUGAACACGACGCGCUAUGUAACAGGCGCCCGUAUCGAUACUUCUCUUUUUCGCCCACUCCCGCUCCGUUCCUUGCAUGGUAUGACUAUUCAAUUAUAGAUGUAAUUUAUGAUGGUUACCAUAGUUUAUAAUGUGGUAGUCGAGCAC